AUGACGAGAUAUCCAGUCGUCGGAAUACUGAGACGUCAAGAUCGCAACACGACGUCGAGCCUUCGCACAUCAUCAAAACCAGCAUCACAGCAUCAAAAGAAGACUGUUCGGUUCAUGCCCAUCACAACCAUCGUGGCCGAUGAGAUUGUUGGAGAAGAGGACAAUUUCAAGGUCUACAUCAAUCUCUCACCCCUCCACUUGGACCAACCUUGGGUCGACGCAUACAAAACUAAGAGUGAAAGUCUGGCGUAUGAGCAUCGUUUCUGGGCAGAAAUUCAGGUUGCCGUUGGCGCCGCUUUGAACAAUAGGUCACUCUCAAAGGAGGUUCUUGCGCAGGCACAUUGCCUGCUGAUUGUCACCUUGCAUACGUCGAGCGACGACGCAGGAAAUGAUAAUGGGGAGUCGCAAGCGAAGAGCUGGACGUCAGAACUACAGGUCAUGGUGCCGGUACAUUGA